CUUUGGUUCAGCUGGCUGUCACCGUAGUGGAAGUGGGUUGUUUUGGUGUAGUGUAAACCGGCUCUGUACUGUGUAGUAAAGACGGUGGCAGAAUGUUUAGUGGUACAUAAAACCAAAUGAAAUGUGUAUAAAAGACGCGUAAUUCUUUUUGGCCACCUGCCGUCGUAUUCUUUUAGCAUUUGUUAUGAUUCAGUGACUGCUCCUUUUGGAAAAAUGUCGGAAACCAACCCAGGGAACCCGGUAGCGGAAGAAGAUGUACAGGAGCUUAGAGCCAGAAUGAAACUAAUUGCUGAUGCGGACCCAUCUCAGUACCAUAAUUCCUUUUCACUGAUGAGAUAUCUUCGAGCUUUCAAAACUGUUGACGCAGCCUUUCAGGCAAUUCUGAAAACCAACAAAUGGCGUAAGGAGUACGGUGUCGAAUUGUUAAAUGAAAAAAAUCCAAUUAUCCAGAAGCAUGUGGAAGGGAAGAAAGCAAGAGUGCUGCGUCACAGAGAUGUCAGUGGGAGGCCGAUUAUUUAUAUUCCAGCAAAAAACCACAAUGUUAAUGACAGGGACAUUGAAGAGCUGACAAAGUUUAUUGUUUUCUGCCUGGAAGACGCAUGCAAGAGGUGCUUUGAGGAGGUGAUAGACAACUUGUGCAUAAUAUUUGACUUGAAGGACUUUGGAAUAACGUGCAUGGACUACCAGCUCAUCAAGAACCUCAUAUGGCUUCUGAGCAAGCACUACCCUGAACGACUGGGCAUUUGCUUGAUCCUGAAUGCACCAGCAGUCUUCUCCACCUGCUGGCCAGUCAUUAGGGGAUGGUUGGAUGAGAACACUUCCAGAAAAGUUAAGUUUGUGGAUGAUAUAAAUGACUUAUCAACAUAUCUUAUACCUGAUGUUAUACCUGAAAAUAUGUAGAAUGAACAAGUAUCACUUUCCCAUAAAUGUCGAUUUCAUUGUUAUAGAAGUGCACGGCAGCACCAGCCGUUCAUAAAAUUAUUUGAGCUCUAAUCAAAAACAGAUCAUUUCAAAAUAUUUUAAUGCUUACUCAUGUGAAUUUAUUUAAAGUACUGGCAGUUUGUCUCUCUUGCCCAUAUAUUGUGUUACAGUCUUCAUCACUAAACUGUGUAACAGUAAAGCUAAUUUUUGUAAUGUGUA